UGUGUGUGUGUUUGUGUGUGUGUGUCUAUGUGUGUGUGAAAGAGAGAGAGAGAGAGAACAAGCGGCACUCUGACGCAAAUAACGCCAUGAAACAGGCCUUGGAGGGACGCUGAAGCUGACCUCAAGUCCUCAACUCUUUUUCUGAAGCCAAUCUAGUGAUUUUAGGAGUAAGUGCUGAGAGAAGGGGUCACUGGACAGGAUGUCGUCCCAUCAGCCUUGGUACCACGGCAAUAUCACUCGCUCUAAGGCAGAGGAUCUGCUCUCCAAAAAUGCUAAGGAUGGGAGCUUCCUCCUUAGAGACAGCGAGUCCAUACAAGGAGCUUAUGCCCUCUGCGUGCUGUACCAGAACUGUGUAUAUACCUAUAGAAUUCUACCCAAUGAAGAGAAAAAGCUUUCUGUGCAGGCAUCAGAAGGUGUCCCCAUUCGGUUCUUCUCUAUGCUCCCAGAGCUGGUUGAAGCAUACUAUAAGGAGAACAUGGGUUUAGUUACACAUCUGCAGUAUCCUGUGCAGAAGGAAGAGGAGCCAGAUGAUGAAUCAGAUCAAUUCAUUUCACCUCCUCAGCUACCACCGCGGAACAUCACACCCAGCGAAUGUAGAGAUUGUCACGCUGAGCCAGUAAAGACAAUAGAGCAAAGCCGGGUGUCAGUCAUAGACACGUACCAUCAGAGGCUGCAGCUUGUCGACAUGUCACACAUCUCUGAAGAGCACCAAAAGGCAAUCCAGGAGUACUUCAGCUCGGCUGUGGGUUUGGAUCUGGAGCAGGUACACAAUGGGAACCCCACACUCCCCAACCUGAAGAAGCUGCUCAAAACCAUCUGCAAGGGCCUCACCAGUGAGAUCUCACGUACACUCCCAACUCUGGAGUCCUUACAGAGAAUUGUAGAUCAGCCCAUGUCACCUGGAGCUGGGAGACUCAGAGGACAGCUCUCACUUGAUGCCAGCCAGUCUGUGGGCUUUAGGCUUGAGCAACUGACCAAGCUUUUGUAUUCAAUUGAAGACAAGGCUAAGAACACAGUAUUUGAAUCUGCUGGAUAUGAUGGAGGCCACAGGAAGUCACUUAUCCCUCCUGUAACAUUUGAAGUCAAAUCAGACUCGCUUGGCAUUUCAAACAAAAUGUUCCUAAAAGUCGAUGUAGAAAGUGGGAAAGUUUACUUCAAGAAGUCCAAAGAUGGACCUGAAGACAAAUACUUUGUGCACAAUAAAAUCUUACAGUUGGUAAAGUCCAAGAAAAUGCACACCAAACUGGAGAUAGUAUUGGAGACCGAGAAGGAGAAGACCCAGCGUAAAGAAUUUGUCUUUAAUGACACAAAGAAGAGGGAAGGUUUCUGUCAAUUACUUCAGCAGAUGAAAAACAAGCAUUCAGAUAAGGCUGAGCCGGAUAUGAUCAGCUUGUUUGUUGGAACGUGGAACAUGGGAAAUGCCAGCCCACCACCCCACAUUACCUCAUGGUUUCAGUCCAAGGGGCAAGGGAAGAGCCGGGAUGACACAGCCAGUCAGAUCCCACAUGAUAUCUAUGUUAUUGGAACGCAGGAAGACCCACUGGGAGAAAAGGAUUGGAUAGAUAUAGUAAGGGGAACCCUCAGGGACAUCACAAACAUCAGCUUUAAACAGAUAGCUACUCAGACACUGUGGAAUAUAAGAAUCGUCGUUCUUGCCAAGCCGGAACAUGAGAACCGCAUCUCCCAUGUCUUCUGCCACAGUGUUAAGACUGGAAUAGCUAAUGCCCUGGGAAAUAAAGGAGCAGUGGGAGUAUCAUUUAUGUUUAAUGACACUUCAUUUGGGUUUGUUAACAGUCAUUUGACCUCAGGCAGUGAAAAGAAGAUCAGACGAAAUCAGAAUUAUGUCAACAUCCUGCGCUUUCUGAAUCUAGGAGAUAAGAAACUUAAUCUGUUCGACAUUACACAUCGUUUCACACACCUCUUUUGGUUGGGGGAUCUGAACUACCGUAUUGACCUUCCACCAACGGAAGCUGAGAACAUUGUGAUGAAGAUCAAACAGCAGCAGUAUCAGGAACUGUUAAGCAGAGAUCAGCUCAACAUGGAAAGGGCAGAUGAAAAGGUUUUUCUGUACUACGAAGAAGAAGAAAUCACGUUUCCCCCAACAUAUCGUCUUGAGAAAGAUACACAUGAAAGAUAUGUCUACACCAAAGCCAAAGCAACAGGGACUAAAUAUAACUUACCCUCAUGGUGUGACCGUGUGCUUCGCAAGUCCUACCCACAUGUUCACGUGGCUUGUCACUCAUAUGGAUGCACAAAUGACAUCAUGACAAGUGAUCACUGUCCUGUAUUUGCUACAUUUGAUGUUGGAGUGACUUCACAGUUUGUCUCUAAGAAUGAUCCAACAAAAGAGUCUCAGGGAGCAAUUAAGUUUAUGAACUGUGUUGCCACUCUUAAGACCAAAUCCAAGACAAAGUUUUUCAUUGAAUACCAUUCAAGCUGCUUGGAAAAAUUUGUCAAGAGUUCUGAAAUAGAUAAUCAAGAUAGCACAGAAGGUACCAUAAAGGUUCGCUUUGCAGCACAUGUACAGCUUACUCCCAUCAUUUCAGACCCAGAAUACUUACUAGAUCAGCACAUACUCAUCAGUAUAACCUCUACAGACAGCGAUGAAUCCUAUGGCGAGACAUGUGUGGCCUUGCGGGCUGCUGAGAGAGAUUACACAGAGUUUGUUGUCCCACUUACACAUCAUGGUGAGCAGACAGGUAUGUUAUCAGGAGGCAUCCAGCUACGUACAUCCGAAGGGAAACUGACAGAGAAGCUAUAUGAUUUCAUUAAGAUUGGUGACGACUCAGGAACUGGUAAAGCCAAAUCAGGAGAUUAUAGCAACAAGUCUUUGGCUCUUCCCACUGAUAUUAGCAAUCCUAAUUAUAUGGAUGUUGGCUACAAAACUAACAACCAGUCAGGUUGGAGCUAUACAAUGCAGUCCAGCAGACCAGGAGCUAAAGACACAGCUACAGGAAACACCUCACCAAAAAAGACUGCAUAUGAUUAUUCUGCAUGCAGCCCAACAGGAAAACUGUCCAGUCCAACAUCUGAAGAUGGGCAACCAGCAGAGAUGUUUGACAAUCCACUUUAUGGAUCAAUGGGGGUGUCACGAAGUGGCAAGGAUCAAGAGAUGUCCCGUAAAGAUCACUUGGUGAUUCCUGAGAUUUUUGCCUUUCCAAAAGGCAGUGAGUCUGACGCUGAUCGCGCACCUCCAGUCCCGACCCCUCGCGCUCGCUCCUUCACCUGCUCAGAGAGCAAAGGCCAGAAUCCUUCCUCGACUCCCUGCAGCAACACCAACAGCUGCAGCAGCAACCACAGCAGCAAUAGCAGUCUACAGCCCCAGUCCUUCAGCAAGAAGCCUGUGGUACCCUCUCGCUCUGAAGGAGGAGGGAUGAUGUCUGGAAAGCCAAAACUGCCUACAAAAUCUCGCCCAGGUCAAAUACCAGAGCCCCAGUCAAAGCCCAGAGACUACAGAGACUCAUCAGAGUUACCAGGCAAGAUGCGGCCUCAUUCCAGACCAUCCCAGCCACUCCCCAAAGAUGUGCAUCCUGAGACAGCACCAAGUCCAAAGGCAGGUCGCCCUUUGAAAUAAGCCUACGUUUAAGUUCUCCAGAGACCAACUGUGAUCAGAGCAAAUUUAAGGCACAUUAAAAAAGCAAGACAAGCUUCACUUUGUGUGCAGCAUUCUUCAAGAUAGAAAAAAAAGGAAAUAAAAAGAUGAAUAGAUACAGCAACAGUGCCAUGAUCUUGCACACUUGAACUCUUCUGGUCCAACACAAAUGAAUGUACAGUACAGUACAGUACACCAAAUUUAGCAGCAUUUAGAGACUAUGCAUAAUGAUUGUUCAUCAGAUGAAACUCAACAUUGCCAAUCUCUCCACAGAUUCUUUCAUUUUUUUAUGUGGAUGGCUAAUGAUUACUGAUCUACAUACAUAUCUCAGUGCAUUUUUUUUUCUUUGCUAGAUUUUCUGGGAAUAUUUGUGUAAUGUGAUCCAACGUUCAGUUUGAUUGACACUGUAAUUUCCUGGAUGCUGUGCUGAGAUAACUGGAGAGUAAGUCAUGAAGAAGAAUAAGAAGAAUAAAUUACUGAAUAAUAUGGAUAAUUAAUAAAUGAACAUAAAGCAAUGAGAAUAAUAAGUUUGCAGUGAUCACAUGAACUUUUUUGUAAAUCCAUGCAGUUAGGCAGACAUUUACAUUUAUGGGUGUAAAAAAAAAGGAUCUGUAUUUGAUGAGCUGGGAUCAUUAUCUUGUGAAUUUACGCCAUUGCAUUAAAACUCAUCUCAAAUGUC